GAUUGAAUCAGAUUUGUUUUUAGGGAGUUGGGACUGCCAGUACAAUAUACAUGUACAUGUAUGAAAGAAAAUAUAAUUAUUACUUGCAUUUACGGUUUGAAAAAGCCUUUUUGGAGGUAGUCUUAGCUGCCAGGUUUAAUUUGAAGUUACAUGACGUAUUCCUGGGGGAUUUUUAAGCUUUUCCCAUUUUCAAAAUUACCAUUACCAAUACCAUUUUCAGUGGUAUAAUCAUACAAAACAAUAACGGAUUUCCUCUGCUAUUGACAACUGGAAAAUGUUGGCAAUUCCCAGCAGCUCGGUCUUCUGUUCCAAGUAUGGUCUUUUGUUACAAGGCUAAGCUCCUUUUGACCAAUUAAAGGCACGGGGGCUUUGUAUAUAAAGCCAGCGUCUCCAGCACCAGGCAUCCCAGCAUGAAGUGGUUAAUACAGGAAAAACAUGUCCGAAACAGUGCUUGUAAGCUGUAGGCCAUUACUAUUAUAACCCCUGACCUGUGUUGUGUGCAUGCUUUGUGUUGUAUGGCUAUGUGUGCAGUGUACAUUGUACAUGUAUUGAAAGCGUGGCAAACGUAAAAUAUGCGCAAUUGCACAUGUACAACACCAGUCUGUAACUUAAUGCCUUGACGGGUUUUGUACAGGCCAGCAAAACUCAUCACGGUAUGAUUCGCUUCUCGCAAAAACCACGUAGCAUUCAUCAGUGGGCAAAAUAGGUCAUGUUUAAUAAAUUUAUAAGUUACUGCAUCAUCAGGAGUGCUACAUGUACAAUGCAGCCCUUACUGUUGGUGAAAGUGUUCAAUUUCAUAGUUUGUACUGAGCACUGUACUGAAGGCUCCCACCAACUUUUCAGUCAAAUGUUGUGAACUGAUCCCCAUUUUCCACAAAAUUUGAAUGAAAUACAUACAUGUACCAACACACAUGUUACAUGUACAUGUAAAUGCGAAAAAAAUGACUUAACAUUUGCACAUUUAGUCAUGGCCUCUAUCAUUUCACAAUGUGGAAACCAUGGCAUUCAUAAUGCAAUGUAUAUGUAUGCAGGUGUAGUGACAGUAUUAAAAGCCUGUGGUAGGCUGACUAAACUGAAUCAAUCAUAUCCUCGUUUGUGAUGGGCAACUGAAAAGCUGUUAAAAUUCAUUCCCAGGCAUAUCACGAGGAACCCCCGUCCCAAAUUGUCGUCCAACACUGAGUGAAAAAAUAAAGACAUUAAACCCAGAAGUUGCAGACCCAACAAGGUGGUCUUUCAAAUUUGGCCACUUAUGACAUGCACAAGUACAUUAUGUGCAUGCACACUGUUACAGAUGGGACAUUUCUUCCUUUAUAAUUCGCCUGCUGUUUUUAUUAUUUAACUCUUUCUUUAGACAUUUGUGGUAUUUUAAGUCGAAACUGUUCCGCAGCAGACCCUAUAUAUUGUGUUUUGUACCCAGUAUUCUUUUUUAGGAUGUUGCCUAGUGGGCCGACUGGUUAUGUAAUGGCCCUUUUAUUAUUUUCUGGGUGCACAUGUAUUUAAGAAGUGGGUUGUACCAUGCUUGGGUGCACUCAUCAUACCACAGCCACCCAUUCAUCUAGGGGCUCUGUUCUUUUUUUCAACUGAUGGGUGUCGCCAACCUUCAUCACUCCAGCCAAUGACGAAUUGGCCCUCCAGCUAAACACUGCCUGCAGAUACAGCAAGUCACCGCUGUACUCUUCUCCUUCAAGUUGAUGGCUUGCCACAUGCAUUGCAUGUAGAGACAGCGAGUCUCCGCUGUUCUCUCUCUCCUUCAAGUUGAUGGCCCAAACCAACCAGUUUUGCGGCUUUUCCUAGAUGGCCUAGGACCAGACUGGUUCUAAGGCUCUUCCUAGAUGGCCUGGGACCAGACCGGUUCUGAGGCACAACCCCAGAUGACCUGGAUCAGGCCAACCGGGUGCACCAGCCAGUGCUUCAGCCAGCUGUGCCUGAGUUGUCCCUCCGCCACAGAAUACCAAUAGUCAACUUGACAGCAUGCACCCAAUCAAGUCCUCAACAACAACCUAUAACCACUAAGAUAGAAUUCUACAUCGGCAGCCUACCUCCAGACCAUGUCACCACACUGCAUGGAACACGUUACAAGCGACUUGGAUAUGUUGCUAUGUCUGAUAACUCCAAGACUGGUUACAAAGCCAGAGAGCUGAAGAGUGUCCAUGUUGAUGCUGUUGGUCAGUACGUGCGGCUUGUCAUUCACAAAAAUCAUGUCAACAAGUAUAACGUGUACAAUCAGGUUAGCCUGAUUGCCAUCAAUGUUAUUGGUGAUGAGAUCACAUCAGAAGAAGAUCUGCAGUUACUUGAAAAAGACAACAUGCUCAAGGUCAACCAGGUCAUCAAAGAGUUUAUGCCAGAAGGAUAUUUCAGUGAAGAAUCCAAUCAUGCCAACAAAGAGACUGAUGCAGCUGUAUUUGGUGCCAUCAAUAGGAAGGACUACAUUUCACCGAUGGAUGACUUGGCUUUUGAUAUGUACCAGGAUCCGGAGGUUGCUCAGGUUAUCAGAAAACUUGAUGUCAGGAAAAAUGAAGCUGUACUUCAGGAACAGUACGAUUUGGCAAAAAAAUUGAAGCAAGCUAUUGCUGAUUUGCAAAAGGUUGGAGAGAAGUUAGGUCGUUAUGAGGUAGAGAAACGCCGAGCCAUAGAGACUGAAGACUAUGACUUGGCUAAGAUUAAGAAAAUUCAAAUGGAGGAGUAUAGAUUGCAGAUAUAUCAACAGCUGGAGGUCAAUGACCUUCUGAAGCUUAGUAAGAAUCUCUUCUGGCCUCCAAAGAAUACUGGUGAAAAAAAUAAUGCAGUGGUUCCCCCGGAGAAUGAGUCUCCUAGAAACCGUCUAGCUCACGUCAGGACGUCAAGUCCAUCCACUACAGGAGAAACUGCUGCAAAUAUUUCUAUUCCUACAACUGUAGAUGAUAGACCAUUACCAACAUUGAAACAUUCACCCAGAAAUGAUGGAACGGAACCAUCACACCGUCAAUCUGACCAAGAUGAUGCUGCAGAGAGAGGUGAAGCUGUGAAUGACUCUGUUGUGGCUGGAGGAGUACAGUCUGAGCAUGUAGAACCAAUGAGUGAAAAUACCCUAAGGCAAGCUGCAGCAGCUAUUGAAAUAUUUGGACAAGAACUGGUUUCCAAACUAUUCUCCAAAAACUGGACAUUUCGAGAAGAAGCCUUGGGAGAAGUAAAGCAAAAACUGGAGAAUGAAGUAGAAACUAUUGACAAAGAUGAAUUGCGUAACAUGCUGAGAGCUUCAGUCUUCCUCUCAUCAAAGGGACUGAAGGAUAAGGUCUUUGCUGUAUUUAUGUCUGCACUUAGUCUAGUGAGGUCACUUUAUGAAGACUGGAUUCCAAAGCACAAACUUAACAAAGCAGACACCAGCCAUUCACUAGAAGUUGUUGUGCCAGAGCUGAUGACAAGAAUAGGAGAUACGAAUGCUCGACUGAAAGCAGCAGACAUUGACUUCAUACGUGAACUGGCAUCGUACAAGGAAGUCCGUCCUUUACACAGUGUGCCUCACCAUUUUGUUGCUCCAUUCAAAGGAACAACUCAAGCAAAGAUAGCAGUAACAAGGGUGGAAAUUGUGGAGAAACUUUUAAAAGACUUGGGCAUUGAAAAAAACAGUGGUCUAACUGUUGACAGUGUAAUGGCCUUUGCUAAGCGUGCUUUGGAACAUACAGCUGGAGAGGUACGGGAAGCAGCUGUUCAUUUGAUUAUAGAGCUGUAUCAUCUGAAAGCAGCAGCGGUACGCUCCCAUCUUCCCCCUGAAGAUGACCCCAAGACAAUGAAGAAUCCACUCUAUUGCAAGAUAUUUGAUGGAAUGGAUAGAGCAGAUGGCAAACCAACUAAAGCAGAAAGAAAGGCCAAGGCGCAAAGUGAAAAAGCAUUACAGAGGAAACAGAAACAAGCAGAGAUAGAAGAGCUUCAGCAACAACUGAGUGACCUUCGAGCAGCAGCUAUAGCCCAGGGAAAAAACUCUGAAGACACUGAUGGUCCAUCUGAAGGGAAGAAAACCAAAGCAGCAAAUAAAGACCAACUACCCAAAAAGAUGCCAAGAGCGCCAAGUAUAGCUGAACAGUCAGACUUCGGCGAUGACAUUGAUAAGCAGUGCAUAUUUUGUGGAGAGGAAGAUAAGAGCUUCAAGGAUGAAGGAUUAGACAUGCAUUACUGGAAGUACUGUCCUGUACUAAAAAGGUGUCAUAGCUGUAAACAGGUUGUUGAGAUUUCAGCUUUUAACAACCAUCUUUUGACGGAAUGUGAAGGUCGAGCCAAGUAUGCAAAGUGCCCAAGAUGUACAGAAACCCAUGAGAAAACGGAAGUAGAACGAUACGUUAAAGACAAGAUAUGCCAACCUCCCAAGCUUGGCAUGAGUAAAUGCCCACUGUGUCAUGUCAGCGUAACUGCUGCAGAUGAUAAAGAUGGCAACUGGAGGAAGCAUUUAAUGGGAACAGGCAAGGAUGCUUGCCUUAAAAAUCCCCGGCGAGAACUAGCUAUCAAGAGAGUGAGAGAGAAGAGCCAGGCUGCAGAUAAGCACAAGCAGACACCUCGAAAACAAGCAGAGUCUACUGCUAAGAGCAGAAUACCUACCAAGGACAAGAAAGCUAAGAGCAAAGCACACAGACCAUGACAUCACCCCCAAUCUUCUCUGAAUGUACAUACAUGUAUAAUAACCCCCCUUCCCCUUAAAAAAAAAAGAUUCUCAAUUUCUUGUAUGUACACUUUAUCAGUUAAAUUAAUACAUGAAAAACCAGUCCAAUAGUAUUGAAGUGAAUUGCACAAGAAAGCCUAUGACCAGAAAUGUCUUUUACGUAAUCAAUAUGUUGGUACAUUGCAUACAAAAGUGAUGCCACCAGACUGCUCAUCGGCCCAUUUAUGCUUUAAAAACUUAUCAUAUUAAGUCUUUGGUUGAACACCUUUCAAUGUGAAGGCUAGGUGUCCUUCGGGUGUACAAAAUGCAUAGACCACUCAAGCAACAGCAUCUUUAUGUCAUAUUGCAUGGCCAUGGACACAAGGAGGGCCCGGGGCAUAGCCCCCCCCCCCACAUUUUUGAGAUGCGAAAAAAAUUAAAACAAUAUAUUUACACAGCAUCUUUUUCUAGUUUGUUCAGGAAAGGCUAGUUUUCAAACAUUUGGAAAUGCACACUUUACACUGACUUUGCCUUUUUUGUUUUGAUCAUCCGUCAUCUUUUCUUUGUCUUUGAAGUCGCGUCAAAUUACGUUAUGUUCUUGUACUUGUAAAUGUUGUAAAUCCAUGGUGCAUUCAAGCCGCUACUUCUGGUAAUUUGACAGGAUGCAUAUGCAUUAUCUGGAGUCAGUAUACACAUGCUCCCCGCAUGCGCCCUGGGAUAACACGAAUAGCUCACUUGAACAUGGCAACCCCUGAUUGGUAGCCUGGACUGUGUGUUUUUGUCCCACAUUAUCAUGAUGCAGUGUCUUAAGGGUCACAUUUCUGCAGUCCAAGCAUAAGAACAGCCUUAUGUUUCUCACAGAUGUAUAAGGCUAGCAAAUUUGUAUAGUUUUCCAGGUUUUUUAAGUCAGUGCUGUGGAAUCAUUGUUGAAUUGUCAUGAAAAUAAAUAGUGGCCAAAAGUCGCAUGCAUAAAACGUGAUGUAGUCUGGUUUCCUUUUGCUUAAGAUGGAACCAAACAGUACAGUAGAGUUGUGCUAUUGUAUAUGCAACACAAAUGAAAUGAGUUUAUGGUGCAGUAUGUACAGUACGUGUAUAUUGACUCUAUGGAAAUUCUUGUCAUUAUUUCACUUUGUAAAUGCUAGCAGAUUUGGGAUACAGAAGCAAGUGACCCGGAAUGUCUCCAAGAUUGCUCCAGAUAACAUCUAGAAUCCAAAAUUUUCCAAGAAUUGAUCACCAAAGGAUGGAAAAUACUGGUUCUGACCAAGCAGUAAGGAUAAAAGUUAAACAGUUGGGACGGUUAUAUGUGGACAGUGUGAUAGUAUGAAGUGUGAUAAAGUCUAGAGGUCAACAUGAGGCUCCUUUCAUGCUAUGCUGUUCAGCAUUUCAUGAGCAUGGCUGUUGAAAAAGAAAGCAAAUCUUUCUUUAUGAAAAUAGUGGAGUCCAAUGUUUUGCAAAACUUGCAAGCAUAAUGAGCACGAUGUACACUGCUCCACAAGCGAGAUGUACACUGCUCCACAAGCACAAUAUACACUUUUCUAGACCAUUCAUCAAGCAAAAUAUGUGACCUGUCACAACAAAAUGAGAGUAAAGUAGCAUCCCACUCUUUCCUGUUUUGAGGGUUCAAAGUUAUAUUGAAGUAGAGGUCAAUUUUGGGGUUUUCUAAUAUUUGGACAGAGUAGUCCACCUUCUAUUUAUUUACAUAUAUUUUGCAGAAUCACAUAUUGUAAAAUGUCAUUUUUGUAGCAAUUUUUACGAUAGCAUUACUUGUGCCUGGUCUGAAAUGUUGAUACAGUGUCGGAGACAAAGACGCAAAGCUGCCCGAAUAAUGCCACAGUGUCAACUUAUAUUUUUACCCUAGUGUUCCAUGUACAUACAAUUGGAAAGCUCUCUUUCUGCUGAAUUCAAAAGUACCAAUAUCUGAGUUUUGAAAAUUCCGACUUUCAGUUCAUUUUGUGGUGACAGGUCACAUAUGCAGUUUGUUCACAAGACAGGAAAGAAUACAUGCAGUAUUAAUUCAUACACAUGUAGGUGAGAAAGAAUUCAGGAGAUCAGUCUUGGCUGUUUUGGGACUCCACUAGAUUGGUUUGUAAUAAAAGUUGAAUGGGCAGGUUGAACCAUUCUUCAAUGAACUACUGGAUUUUUAUGACUUAAAAUAAAUACACAUGUAUCACAGUUUUAUUUGCAUGCUACAAUUACAUUUCACCUCCUGUGCAAAGGGAGAAAUUUCAACAUUUUGGAUGUUAUGCUUACGAAGAUUUCAACACCAAAGCAUUAUGUCAUUCACGGCAGAGUAGAAUUGUCUCCGUAGGUUUGUGCACAGUAUAUGAAUGACUCUCUUCUACAUUUCUUUGAGUAGGUUGCAGGGACGAGAUUUGUAAGGAUUUUUCCCCACUUCUGGAUUUUUCAGUCGAUCUCUUUAAAUUUUGAAAAGCCUGUGUGUUUAAAAGUUGACAUAGAACAUGACAGAUAUGAGUUGUUCCUAGCAAACACAAAUGUAUGCCAUAAACACAACACUGCUGUGGGGCCCUUGAUCAAAACCUCAGGUGAUUAUUAUUUCGUAGAUAUUUAAUUUUUUUCCCCCUUCUCAACCCUGGUAGUUUAUAUUUGGUUUUCAUAUCAAACAGCUUGUUUUGACAAUAGUAGUGGCCCAUAUUUCUUCAAAACAGUGUUGUUGGUUGAGUUUGAAGGAUUGAUGUUUUUCACUGUUCUUAUGCUCUUUUGACAAUGAGCAUUUUGUAUGGGAACAUAAAAUAGUGCUCUCGUACAUACAUUGACGAAGAUAUUUUCUGAGAACUGAAAAACUACCACUUUCCUUUGAUUUCUAAUGGAACAAGUAUUUAGAUCUUGUUUGUAAUAUAAUUUACAGUAAUUUGCAUAAAACAAAAUGAGCUGAA